AUGCCGCUCAUUGGUUUUGACGAGGAUGGUGGGACUGACCUCCCAUCAGAGGUUCUGAACAACCCCAAUAUUGAUUGGAUUUCAUUUCCAAAUCACGAUGAGGUCCUCAACGAUGUGAUCGAAGAUGCAUUUGCCCCCCAAGAGCCAACAACAACUCAUGAUUCACCUAAGAUGUGGACCAGGUUUGGUGAGAUGGAGGAAGAGGAGCGCAUGACUCCUAUGGAGCAGAUCGACUUGUCGCCAAGUUCUCCUACGCAGAGCCCCCCAGAAUACGGCUCCAGUCCAGAAGAUCUUUUUCAAGGCCUCGAUUAUGAAAUGAUUGGCGCUUUUGAGCCAGAGGCCACAGUGCAGGAUGAUCUCAGUCUUGCUGUGGGCGAGGCAGCUGCUUCAGCUGAGCCUAUCGAACAGGAAGAUAUCAUGAUCACCGAAGCCAACGUGCGGGAAGAGUCUUUGAGCAGCGUCGUCAGAGUGGAGCUUCCAGAAAGUCUUCUCCUCGUCCCCAGAUCUUGCUACGAACCAUUUGAGCCUGGUGUGCCUGUUGUCAGGGAGUCUGAAGCUGUUGCUCAGCUUCUCGAGGCGGCAAAGCAGGCAGGUCAAGACGUCGAUGAUUUUGUCGAGUUCAAGCUUGAUGAAUUUGCUAUUUACUGCAUCCGGCCCAAAUACGGACAAGAGAUGUGCUCUCUUCACCACCUACAUACCAAAACAGGCUUCAGUAACUUUCUAUUCGACGGGAGAUUGAGUGUUGAUGGCACAUCUUUCUUUGUCCGUGAGGUACCCAUAGACGCGCUUCCUAUCGGCGAUUAUGGCACUUUGUCAAAACACACUGUUCGUGACAAAAUAUGGAUUCGAUCAAAGAUUAAUUCUAAGCAGAACAUAUACUACCGCUUAAAUCAGCCAGCCAAGGAGUAUCGCCGUUUUUUCGUCCCUUUCACCUGGGUUGCUGAUUUAGCUAAGCAUUUUGUCGAAUAUCUUAUGGUCAUGGGUGAAAGCAAGCAUGAUGUUAGCAUCUUUCAUUUUCGCUCGACUUUCAGCAACUGGCUGGCAAAGUCAAAGAAGCGGGACCCUGUGUUCAUCUCAUGGAGAGAUGAACAUCCAUGUGAUGACUUCAGAACUUCAAUUGUUGCAAAUUUAGCUUUCUUGUACAAAGAAGCCAUUGGCGUGCUAGGAGAGAAGAAGGGGCGCAAAUACUCCCUUUGGGCGGAGAUAUGGUAUUUUCAACGGUACGAACGUUCCGGGCUUGUGAAGGCACCAACAGAAUCUCGGAGUCGAAGCGUGUCGAUUGCAAAUGAAGCGAAGAGCGUUAAGGACGUUACACCUACUAUUGUGACCCAAUACACGUACGACUGUUUCCGUCACUUGCCCUUCGGGGACAGGCUCGAGGCUAUGCAAUUGAGCAACAGAGCCCAAUCGCUGCAAAACGAAUUAAUUCGGAAGCGUCACUUGGAGCUCCCUUCGCCGGUACACAAGAAUGCUAAGGACAUAUCGACGGCUGGGCGACAGCAGAUUGAAAACAUCCAGCCGGGUGACACAAUCUCGACACCGCGAGAUACUGAAGGGUCAGGUACGCAAUGGAGGCGUGACAUUCCACGCGGCUUCAACGACGUUGACCGCUGGUUCGGACUCGUCCAGCGCGUACAUGUUAACAAACGUGGCCGACGAUCUUUCGAUGUGAUCUGGUACUACCGACCUGUCGACACCUUAUGUGCUUUGAUGAAGUACCCCUGGAACAACGAGCUAUUCCUUUCGGAUCAUUGCUCUUGCGGCGAAAGAAGCAAAAUCUCCGAAGACGAGGUGUUAGGUGUUCACCUAGUUGAGUUUGGGGGGACAUCGGCGACCGAAGCUGAGUUCUUUUGCCGGCAGACAUACAUCUGCACUGAGCGAAAAUGGAUAACGCUCGAGAGGGACCAUCUCCACUGUACUCAUAUACGAAAGAUACCCAAGCUACCAAAGUUCCGACCUGGCGAGACUCGGCUCAUUAUGAUCGACAAGGCGAGCGGUCGUUCCGAACCCUGCGAGUUUGUCACUUUUUAUGAAGAAGAAAGCACUGGCAUAUACAGGUUCCGGAGGCUGUUGAGAAGACACCAAGUUGAUCCCUCGGCGUCAAAAUCUCGUCCAAACGAGCUGGUGUACAGCGAGAACCUUGUUGAAGUGAAGGGAAAACGUGUUCUCGAGCCUUGCUAUGUUCGAUUUUUCAAAGCCGGGAAGAAGAUACCCACACCAUAUGACCGUGAUGGUGUGGGUGGAUUCUUUUAUAUCACUCACGAAGAAAUAUUGGACGAAGAAACGGCAAUCAAGUCAUAUGCGCCUCUUGAGACGCUCCCAGUCUCGCUGCAACAAGGUCACGAUCCAUCUGAAUCUAUACAACGGCUUCGCGGGCUAGAUCUCUUUUGUGGUGGUGGCAACUUUGGACGUGGACUUGAAGAUGGGGGUGGUAUCGAGAUGAAGUGGGCGAAUGACUUUGACGAAAAGGCUAUACAUACAUACAUGGCCAAUACCUCAGACCCCGGAGAGGUCUCGCCCUUUCUGGGCUCGAUAGACGAUUUACAGCGACUCGCCAUCAACGGUGAGUUUGCCGACAACGUCCCUCCUAUCGGAGAUGUUGACUUCAUUUCAGGUGGCAGUCCCUGUCCUGGGUUUUCAGUUCUGACAAACGAUAAGACAACCAAGGCGCAACGGAAAAAUCAGUCUCUCGUCGCUGCGUUUGGUUCUCUUAUCGAUCUCUACCGCCCCCGUUAUGGACUCCUCGAGAAUGUCCCCAGCAUUGUCCAGCGCAAAGCCAAUCGCGACCAGGACGUGUUUAGCCAACUAAUAUGCGCCAUCGUGGGUCUUGGCUACCAAGCUCACUUUUUCCUACUUGACGCUUCUUCCUUUGGUUCACCCCAGCGACGUUCUCGUGUCUUCCUGGCUUUCGCCGCACCAGGCCAUCGACUCCCUCGCCGACCCGACCCAACUCACGCGCAUCCUGCAGGUACUACAAAAGAUAGCCGUGGAAACCUCCCUACAGGAGACCCAAUGGUGGAGCGGAUUAUGCCGGAGGCCACGCCCUUCGACUUUGUCUCAGCCCGUGCUGCGACCGCUGAUCUUCCUGCUAUCUAUGACUCAAAACCAGAUAUAUGUGUCCCGUACCCUGACCACCGUAUCUCUAUAGGUCUUACAGCUCGCUUACAGAACAGAAUAAGGCCUAUUCCGACUCAGCCUUGGGGUAUGAACUUCGCCCAAGCAUGGUACGGUCUUGACCGCAGCAAGGCAGGAUCUGGUGUCCUUACACCUGCAGACCGCCUUGUCUUCCCCCCUGAUUCAAAUGCCUUACUGGAUCGAACAAAACCCGCAUCAAAAGCAUUCGGUCGCCAACGCCCAGAUCGCCUCAUAGAGACCAUUGUGACGGGUCAAAGUCCGGACGACGCCAAGGUUGGUAGGACAUUGCACUGGCGAGAAGACCGUGUUCUGACUAUCAUGGAGACACGCCGAGCGCAAGGUUUCCGAGAUGACGAAGUUCUGCUGGGCUCACCGGCUGAUCAAUUCAAGAUUGUCGGGAACAGUGUUGCACGGGAGGUGGCUGUUAGCCUGGGUGCUGUGUUUCGAGAGGCUUGGACGCAGAGCCUUGCCGAUGAGCGUCACCUUCAGGGCGGUGAUGUUACUGCUACCUCUACAGUAUACUCUGAGGCACCGGCUCGUAUGGGGAUCGAAGUAUCCCCCUCUGUCAACAUAGAAAGGCUCUCGUCUAGCGAAACAUCCGCCAGCACAAGGGGAACUCCACGCUCGCAAAAGUCACGCAGUCAUUCUCGCGCGAGUCAAACGCCAUCGGCGACACCAUCUCCAAGGAAUCCUGCCAAACGCCGGUCCGCCAGCACAGGCUCUCGAGCAUCCAAGUCACGCAAGUCGAAUAAAGACGAAACUCCCAGCCGAGCAACCUCCACCACUUCGGGUCGCAGCAGGCAGAGUGGUUUGAGACACAACAUCACGAAUGAAUAG